GGCUGUGCCUCACCUGCCUCUCCUGACUGCACGUCACUGACGGUUUCCCUCUAUCACUUUCUGAACAACAGGUUUGCUGAUUCACUUGCUGCUUUGAAACCUCGAAAGAAUACUAGUAUGUACCAUGCAGUGGGCUACAGCAGCAUUCUGCUCAUGCAGGCAGCCAUGACCUUUGACCCAAAGGACAUGGAUGCUGCUAUGACAUCACUCAAGGAUGCCCUGCAUGUCUGCCAGAGAUUUCGAAAGAAAACUGGACUAAUGGAGAGCCUAGCCAAUUUUUGGUAUGGACAGCAAAAUGAAACCUUGACAGAAGAGGAGAUGCAUGCAGAAAUAUGCUGUGCAGAAGUUUUGAUGCAAAAAGCAGCACUUACUUUUCUGGAUGAGAGCAUAAUCGGCUUCAUUAAAGGAGGGAUGGGAAUGCGAAACAGUUAUCAGAUUUUCAAGUAUUGCCAGGACAUGGAAAAUGUGCUGACUGAUGAAGAAAAGCAGAAAAGAACUCAUGUUCAUUUCCGGGGUGGCGUCAGCAUGGGAAUUGGAUCAUUUAAUCUUAUGCUAUCUCUUUUUCCAGCCAGAGUCCUCCGACUGAUGGAGUUCCUUGGCUUUUCUGGAAACAGGGAGCUGGGUUUGGCAGAAUUAAGAGCAGGGGCAUCUAGCAACAACCUGCGCUCCAUCCUCAGCACCAUGACCAUGCUGAUGUUUCAUCUGUACAUCACAGUCAUUCUUGGUACUGGAGAUGGAAACCUUGCAGAGUGUGAAUCUUUGCUAAAACCUUAUGCUGAGAGGUUUCCCAAUGGAGCCCUAAUGCUUUUCUUUACUGCAAGAAUCGCUGUGCUCAAAGGGAACUUCACAUUUGCUCAAGAGAAGUUCCUGGCUUGUAUCGCAGCACAGGAAGAGUGGCGCCAGAUUCACCAUCUUUGCUACUGGGAGCUGAUGUGGACGUAUUCGUUUGAACAAAACUGGAAAGAAGCUUAUCGAUACGCAAAUCUGCUUUCCAAAGAGAACAAGUGGUCUCAGGCCAUUUAUGUGUACCAUAAAGCCGCCAUCCUGAGCAUGCUCCCUCAGGAAGAAGUGUCUAAACUGGGAGAAAAUGUAGUGACUCUGUUCAGGCAAGUGGAGGGUCUCCGAUUAAGAAUUGCUGGUAAAUCCAUUCCAACUGAGAAGUUUGCUGCAAAGAAGGCCGAGAGAUACUCGUCCCCCAGCCCUGUGAAACUGGUGGUUCCAGCUUUGGAAAUGAUGUAUGUAUGGAAUGGCUUCACAGUAGUGGGCAAAAGACCUGACUUGACUGAAAGCAUCUUGAGCACCUUAGAGAAAGCUGAGAAGCAGCUUCAAACCGAUUUGGCUCCCUCUGAAUAUCACUUGGAUGAUCAGUGUGUUAUCCAGCUCCUAAAGGGUCUGUGCCUCAGAGAGCUGGGCUUCUUGGACCGAGCUGAGGACUGCUUCAACCACGUCAUUUCCAGUGAAAAGGAUAUCAAGUAUGACAACUACCUGGUACCUUUUACCAUGUAUGAGUUAGGCCUUCUGCAUAAGCAGACAGGAGACAUCAAUAAGGCCAUCGCAGUUAUGGAAAGAGUGAAGAUGAACUACAAAAACUACAGUAUGGAGUCGAGGCUACACUUCCGCAUUCAUGCGGCGCUCAACACCAUGGGCUCAUUUGAAGCCAAACUCCCUCCUUCACGCACACCAGCUUAAGCCGUCGUGGCCGGAAAAUGACAAAUGAGGGCGGAACGAGACAGAAGAUCUGUUCUGUUUACUGUGUGCAGUUUAUACUGUAACCAAAGCAUUACUCAUACUAUCACCCCUCUGUCCUUCAUUUCAUUUAUAGUAAGGUCAAGUUUAAAUAACAAUAUACUGUGUUUUAGACUGAAGAAAUCUAUUUGAAGAUUAAGACUUGUUGUAUACUAUAUUUUGUUGGUGACUUAUAAAUAGGUACACUGUAACUGUUAUAUUUAAAGCCAGUAACUUAUAUGUUGAUGUGUAAUCCAUCUGCAGCAUUUCAGUUUUAGUUUUUAAGGCACUGAUGGCUUUCUGACUAAUUUAAAAGCCCUAGAUUAACUCUCACUUUAUUCAGAUCUCACCCUUAUAAAGUUAUUCUACCUUGACACAUAGAAUUUCUGGUUUUAUUUUGUCUUACAUUUGCUCCCUUCAAGGGAUUCAUUCACCCACCUCAAACAUUAUAUAUUAAAUGGCAAUAAUUUGAAAAUAACAUUUUAGUACAACAUAAAUGAAUUUGUAAACCUGUCCUGUUACAAAGUGCCUUAGCAAAGGCAUUUGAAUAAAUGGAAUGGGCAAAUCA